UUAGAGCAGACUACCCAAAGUUACAUUUUGCCAGUAAUAACAGGGACCUUGAUAUAACUGGUGUUCAGGUUAUCGAUAGCGGAACGUAUACGUGUUCGAAUACAGGACAAAACCUUAUUGUCCGUGUUCCACCAGCUCUUCCGAAUAUAUACAAUUCGACCAGCGUCUCCCAGGGCGAGCUUACAGUAAGUGGAACAGAAGGCACACAACUAACGCUAACCUGCCUGUCUGCAGGCGGCCACCCACAGCAGACGGUAAACUGGUACCGUGGAAGUGUCACUUCCACACCCCUGCAAGCAGGUCCUCCCAACGUGGUGUCCGGAGAUCUAUUCAAUGUCACGAGGUCCUAUUCGUUCACACCUACCAGCUCUGAUGAUGGUGUAAUGUAUAUUUGUCAGUCAUCAUACAGCGGGGAGCCACAUCUCUUUAGAAUUACUAAAGUGAAACUGUUUCUUAAACUCCAACCCACUACCCCGCUUGUGACCGUUUCGGAAACUGUUGUGGAAAGCUCCAGCUCCAUACAAAUUGCCCAAUGUAUUUCUUCUGGUUUUCGGCCUAAGGCAGUGAUUUUCAGCUGGAGUCUAGGUGGAGAGACGGCAACAUCAGUCAGCAAACCGACAGUAGUGGAGAACACAACAUCCAAUACUUUCUCCGUGUCCGAAACUUACACACAGGUAGUAGAUAGGGCGGACAAUAGGAAAACACUAACUUGCUCAAUAAACCACGAGACACUGUCCUCACCGCGUACGGCUUCUGUCACACUCAAUGUCCAGUUUCCUCCAUCGACUGCUACGCUAACAGGAUAUUUUACAGCUGUGGCUGAUGGCUCAAGUAAAACUUUUACUUGCGAAUCUGGUACCUCAAAUCCUUUUGCUGCCAUUACAUGGCUCCAUAACAAUGUCAUUGUUACUGCUGGAACGGGAACACCAACGAACAUAAUUGGAAAAUACUACGGUCUUGUGACGACACAGACGCUGACAAUAACGCCGACCAGAGACGACGAUGCUGACGUGUAUUCAUGCAGUGCAAGAAACGCUGUAAGCAGUACACCAGCAAACAGUCAGCAAAAAUCUUUAAAUCUUACAUAUGCCCCUGUAGUGAAGACCUUACCAAGAACUGUGACUGAAACUCAGCCAGGACUUCUGCAAUGUGUUGUAUCAAGCAAACCAUCUGCUACAAUAACAUGGUAUCAAAUAAAUGACGGACGGACGUUUCUUCUGGAGGGGACUGGUAACAAAAGUCUGGAUUAUCGCAUUACAGCCGUCAGCCGAGAUGAUGCCGGGACGUAUAUGUGUAACGCCAAUAACGGAAUAGGAGGGGAUAAUUUCAAUAGCGUCCAGCUAGUUGUCCAAUUCAAACCCGACGUAACAGUCUUUGCACAUAACGCCACAGAGAAAUUAUCUACAACACUCCGGUGUGGUCCACUUGGUGUGCCUGACUCUUACACCUAUGUCUCCUGGGAUCACACGUGGCCGGGAUCAAGUGAUGUUCUCAGGUCAUUUCCGGGAUCCCCAGUUCUGUUAUUAAGUGACCUAAGGUACGAGCACUCCGGGAUAUAUACAUGCAGGGUGGACAACGGUAUAGACUUUAGCAGAAACCCCGAUGCUGGACGGGGACAAGUAUUUUUUGUCGUAAAAUCUCGUCCUUUUAUUGCAACAACUCACCAGACUGUUCAAAAGGCAGCGCAGCUUGGUAAAGUGGCGACCAUGCAGGUGGAAUUUGUUUCAAACACUAUUGGGACAAGAGUCAGUGUUGAAAAAAAAGGGAAAUGACACAGUGGCUUCAUCCAUUCUGUUCAAUACGACGAUGAUGUCGACAAAUACAUUCGUAAUAGUGUUUAACAAAACAUUGCCUACUGAAGGAUUCCUUUGCAAGAUAAAUAUAACGGUUUUAAAUCAAGACGACUUCGGAUUGUAUGACAUCGUGAUUGAAAAUGAU